AUGGCCGAAUUGGAGUUGUGCAACUUUCAGUUAUAUAAUGUUGAUGAGUCGGAGUUGUUCUGGAGACUUUUGCCAGAGAAAACGUACUCGUCAAGUUUGGAGAGGAGAGCCCCAGGGGUAAAGUCCGAGAAGCAGCGAAUCCAGUUUUUAUGCUGUUCAAACGCCACUGGAUCCCACAAGUUUGAGCUUUUGGUAAUUGGAAAGGCGAAAAAUCCACGCUGCUUUAAAAACUUCCAGUGUCCCACCGAUUAUAAGAGCUCGAAAUCCGCCUGGAUGUCGUCGGCUAUUUUCAAGCAAUGGUUUCAUAAGUCAUUUGUUCCACAAGUUACAUCAUUUUUAAAGGAGAAAGCCUUACCAAUUAAAGCUCUCCUCCUAAUCGACAACGCUCCUUCUCACCCAAAUGAAGCUGAACUGCCAACGGAAAAUGGGCAAAUUUCGGCAAUGUUUAUGUCACCAAACUGUACUCCCCUCAUUCAACCGAUGGAUCAGAAUGCAAUAAAAGUCACUAAGUUGCAUUACAGAAACAGCCUUCUAGCUUCAAUUGAAUUCACGUUACCAGCCAAUCAUGACGAUCAUCAACAAGAGGACGAAUCCGAUGAUGACAGCGUAAAUGGAGAAAAUUAA